CCAUCAAUAGCUUCUCGCAGCGGAGUAGACACUGUCGAGUUAGUUGGCUAAAUUCCAAAACCCGUUUGGGCGAUCCCGGACAGACUAGACUUAUUUACUCCUCUAACUGAAGGGAUUUCCUGAAGCCAGGAAGCCUCCGUUCGCCGGACCUCAGUCAGCCCAUUGACCCGAACAAAGAUCGAGAGCAUUACUAAUAGCAGAUUCACCAUGGGCCAGACGCUGUCGGAGCCGGUGACCACGAAGGACUCGGCCUGCUGCGGCAACGCCGCCUACCGCGUGGGCUCCAGCUGCAUGCAGGGGUGGCGCGUGGAGAUGGAGGACGCGCACACCCACAUUCUGGCGCUGCCGGAGGACCCGCAGGCGGCCUUCUUCGCCGUCUAUGAUGGCCACGGCGGCGCAGGGGUGGCCAAGUUCGCGGGCAAGCACCUGCACAAGUUCGUGACCAAGAGGCCCGAGUACCGGGACAACGGCGUGGAGGUGGCCCUGAAGAGGGCCUUCCUUGACUUCGAUCGCGAGAUGCUGCACAACGGCACGUUCGGGGAGCAGAGCGCAGGCUCCACUGCCGUGGUGGUGCUCAUCAGGGAGCGGCGCCUGUACUGCGCCAACGCCGGCGACUCCCGGGCCAUCGCCUGCAUCUCGGGAGUGGUGCAGGCCCUGUCCGUGGACCACAAGCCCAACGACGAGGCGGAGACCAGGAGAAUCCUCGCCGGCGGCGGCUGGGUGGAGUUCAACCGGGUGAACGGCAACCUGGCGCUCUCCCGCGCCCUCGGUGACUUCAUCUACAAGAAGAAUUCGCUGAAGAGUCCCGAGGAGCAGAUCGUGACCGCCAACCCGGACGUGGAGAUCCGCGACAUCACCGACGACUGGGAGUUCGUCCUGCUGGCCUGCGACGGCAUCUGGGACGUGAUGACCAGUGCCGAGGUGGGCCAGUUCGUGCGCAGGCGCAUCUGCGAGGGCCUCGAGCCGCAGGCCAUCUGCGAGGACCUGAUGAACAGCUGCCUGUCUCCGGACGGCCAAAUGGGCGGACUUGGCGGCGACAACAUGACCGUGAUCCUGGUGUGCCUCCUGCACAACAAGAGCUACGAGGACCUGGUCGUCCGCUGCGGCGGAAAGCGAAAGAGCCCCGUGGAAACCGUGGGCGACAUUCAGGAGCAGCCGGUCCUGAAGCUGGUCAAUCCCUACGCGUCGGUAUCCGCGGGCACCUCCACCUCACGAUUGGGGUUGGGUUUGGGAUUAGGCGUUCGCGAGCGAGACUCGCCCAAGGAGAACUAAUGGCCGCAUCCUUGACCCUGUUUUUACCGUUUUACGUUGUUUUUGUUAUUUUGUUCCUUGGCCGUCGCAUUUAUACCCUUAUUUGGAGCAUUCCUACCGCGAUUCCCAAUCCCCACACACUGAUUGCAGACAAAAUUUCCGGUUUUUUUAAACUCGUUUUUCACCGCCUGGGCAGCCAAUUAAAAAUUGUUUAAGGAUA